AUGGGUAGAGGAAAGGUACAACUGAGGAGGAUAGAGAACAAGAUUAACAGGCAAGUAACUUUCUCAAAGAGGAGAGGAGGGUUGUUGAAGAAAGCCCAUGAGAUCUCCGUUCUUUGUGAUGCUGAAGUUGCCUUAAUUGUCUUCUCCAACAAAGGAAAGCUCUUUGAGUUUUCUACCGACUCUUGCAUGGAAAGCAUCUUGGAGCGAUAUGAGCGGUACUCUUACACUGAGAGACAGCUAGUUGCAGCCGAUGCUGCACCGAGAAGCUGGACCCUGGAGUACAACAAACUUAAAUCUAGGGCUGAACUCUUACAAAGAAAUCACAGGCACUAUAUGGGAGAAGAUAUAGAGUCAUUGAGCUUGAAAGAAAUCCAAAAUUUGGAGCAACAGCUUGAUACUGGUCUCAAGAACAUUCGCACAAGAAAAAAUCAACUCCUGCAUGAAUCAAUCUCCGAGCUUCAGAAAAAGGGAAAGGCCAUACAAGAGCAGAACACUACGUUGACCAAGAAAAUCAAAGAGAAGGAGAAAGAAAAGACAGUAACACAAAAUGCUCAUGAAUGGGAUCACCAUAACUAUAUGGAAACCGAUCCAUCCUUCCUCAUGCCACCACCACCUCCCUCUCUCCACAUGGGAGGAAAUUACAACCAAGGUGGUGGUGGUGGUGAAGGAGAAGCAGCUGAAGGAAGGACAAACGAGCUUGACCUCAGUCUGCAGCCAAUAUAUUCUUGCCACAUGAGGAACAGGUUAUAUCGUAUAUACGGCGGCUGUAAAUAA